CGACAAGCUUAGCGGCUCCCGUGCCCGUGUUUGCUUUUUUUCCACCCUUUCCUGCCGGUGAUAGCUCCUCGUUUGCUUGAGAGCGGCCGGUUUUCUCCCAUAAACUUUCCGCGCAAAGUCCGCACGAGAGCCCUCGCCCUCGGCCUCACAGCCGGCUGGACUUGCCCAGCUCCUUUCCCGAGCCUACUUUCUUUGGUUUGGCAGAAGAAGGAGCCAAGAUGCCCGCCGCCAACGUUUCUGUUUCUCCGGUAGGAAGGAAAGGAAGGAGAGGCGAGAUCUGCCUCGUGACGAGCGCUCGCUGAUCUCUCGUGUGUGUGUUGUUCUCUCUCUCUCUGUGUGUGUGUGUUCAGUUUCUGAAGCCCCUUUCUCCCAGAGGUGAGGAGGAUCUCACUAUUCGCAGCGAUUCAACCACACACGUGAUGACUCGUGCUUCUGAUCUUUUCCGUUCAGACACCCCGGAUGUGCAUUUCGAGGAUAGCCCGAUGUGCCUGCCCUUGAGCAGCAGCAGCAGCAAGAGGGUCUCGUGCGACACCAUCAGCACCUCCCAGUUCUUCACCCCCCGCGAGUCCCCCAUCGUCUCCCCCCGCUCAGCCACACCCACCGCAUCCACCACAGACUCGGCUGACGACGCCGAUGUGCCCACCCAGCCCACCGCAGCACCCACCAGCAGCGCCAUUGUCGUGGCGCCCAAGCAGCCCCUCUUCAGCUUCACCGACAGGCCCGACCUCCUGCCCACUGAGGCGGUGCUCAGGCGGAUCAGGGACGCACUCGCAGCAAAGGUGAGGACAUGAAGGAGGGAUGGGGAGGGAGGGAACGGGGCCAUGCUCAUUCAUGUGUGUGUGGUGUAUGUUGUGAUCCCCGUCCUCCCCUGACAGAAAGAGGCGGCUGUAGCUGAGUUCCUGCGGCAUGCCAAGGGCAUGAACGGCUGGAUCGACUGCGGCACGAUCAAGG